UGAGAGUGUGUGUGUGUGUGUAUUUAUAUCUGUGUCCAUACAUUAAUGUAUGCAGUGUGUGUGUGUGUGUUUUCACACUUCCAAUUGUUUCCUGCUUACAGUCUUGCAACAGGACAGACUUUCUGCUGCUCUCAGACAACCCAAAUGGAUUUCGGCUAUAUAUACCUGUCAAGUAGAAAUAGGGUACUCAGAGAUUCUGUCUCAUGUCAUGAAGGGUCAAAUAAACUUUCAACAUUCAAAGCUUUCAACAUGGCGACUGGGUGUUUGGAACCUUUUAUUAAAGGUCCAUACUAUAUAAAUGAUAAAUGGAAUGAUAGACCAGUGAUUCCCCAUGCUCAAAGAAAAUGUCACUAUUGGAGAAGUUGUAGCAAGACUGGGGGAUCACAUCACGCCCAACACAAUUUCAGAUGUGAACCUAACCCAAAAUAUUGGACACAAAAAGAUGGAAUAAAAUUCAAACCAAAGUUGAUAUGGAUUCCGCAUUUGAAACGUUGGAUCCCACUUCACAAGCCAAAAGAUGUUGAUUUUUUCCAGUUUGUUGUUGUUCCACCGAAAGUUACCAAAAUAAUUUCUCUUGGUUCCUCAAAGACAUUGGGUUGUCAGAACUGCUGCCAUGAUCAUCCAGUCUGCGAGAGAUAUGAGUCUCACCUUUCCAACCAAUUACGAAGGUGCCAGUCGGAUGUUGCUGAGGAUAAAAUAUCUUCUACGAAAGUAAAGAAUGAAGUGCUCACAACUCGCCACUCAGUUUCUGCAGGUAUCAACGGCCGAGCCAUGAAAAAAACCACAUCUUGGAACAGUUUCCAGGGUCUGUUGAGAAAUAAUUCCAUGCCAGAAAGCAAUCACGUGGUCCAAAAACAUGCAGUUCCACCUGCGUCACCAUCUAGCGCUGAAGAUGCUAUUCAAAACACUCUUGAAGCCUUAGACAUGGAAUCUCCAGAAAAGUUACCAAUGCUUUCUGGUAAACAAAAAUCAAAAUCAUCUCUUCUGGCGGAUACAUCACUGAGUAAUUCUUUGAAAGAGAAACAAACUUCAAAGAAUUCUAAAAAGAUCGAGAAUCACACAGAUGAAGGGAAGCUAAAUUUGACAAAGAAUACUGGUACUAUCACAGACAUGAGCAAUAAAAUUCAGGAUCUGGAAAUUCAAUUUGCUAAGGACGCUGAAAACCUAUCAAAGGACAUCACUGGAUAUUUGGAAGAAUAUUCUGAGGGUAAUAACAGAACUGAAAUGGAAGAAAACUCUUCUAUUUUAAAUCCAAUCACUGAAAAACCCUUAGAAGAAAAUAAUGCGGAGAAUUUGUCUCCAAGAAGAACUGGCAUAAAUAUUAAAGCUGGAAGACAAGAACCAAAAGAAAAUGGAAUACCUGAGAAUUCUUUGAGCCCUUCCAAAGGAUUGAGCCGUAAAACAGGCGUACUGAACCAAUUGCCCAGAUCUGGAAAGGAGGCAGUCAAACAGUUGGUGCCUGUGACCGAAAGUGAAGCCGCAGCAGACAACAUCUCUGAAGACGUUGUCACUUCUUCAAACGACAUAAUUUCGGAAGAAGAAAACCAAGAGUUAAGUGUGCCUCCAUCAGAUGAUAACCCUGCUGUAAGUGCCAAUGGGAAAUUGGAAAAUUCUAAGAGAAAAACAAGCAAGGCGUCACUCAUAAAGUCUGUAACAAUAGUGGAGCAGCAACCUUCGAAAUAUGGCAAACCUAGGGGCCACAUGCAAUAUUUUGAUCCUUCAGAAGCAGCAGAAAGAAGAAGGAAGAAGUUAUUGGAUAAAAUUAACCAAAAGAGACAGUUGCAGCUAGCAACGAAAGAAAGUCGAGGACCACAUUUCGAGGACUAUGGCUUUCUUGCCAAGUAUUGUAUUUUUAACAAGGAGAGCUGGGAUGUGUACAGAAGAAUAUUUGAAAUGGGAGACGCUGAUAAAAAAGGUUGGUUGACAACAGAGGAAAUGUUGCUGGGAUUAAGGUCCAUAAACAGUCAAUUAACGGCCCCUAAAGAAGAAUAUCUUUGUAGGAUAAUUGAAAUGACAGGCUACAGUAUAGAGGAUGGUGCAGACUUCCAGUUGUUUGCCAUUUUAGCUGCUUUAUCAAACCGUAUAACAUCUCUCGAUGAUUGGAUGAAGAACAUUGUGGACCGUUUUGAUUACCAGUUACUAGAUAUGAAGACAUUUAAGUGCAAGACGUUAUGGGAGUGUAACGUUGAUCCAGACACACACAAGAUAUCUCUCGACCAACUUUGCGUGGAUUUAAAGGCAGGUGGAGUCAGUUUGUCUCAUGAAGAGGAAGUCCGCUCAAAACUGCAGCAUCUGAAUGCACUGGACCUUCUGGAUUUUUUGACUUAUGUCCCUUUGUUUAUAAUGGUUCAUAAUUCGGUAGUGGACAACCCACUAGACUCCACAUGGGGCAGCUGAUGUAAUGACCAAAUUGGUAAGGAUUUAUUUAAAAGGUUGUGGUUUCUCUUAUCAGGCUCUUCUAGCAUCAGAUGAUUUUUAUCACUUGGCAUCUAUAAAAUUGACUGCAUUUGUCUAACUGAAAACUACCACUACAUCUGUCCUCACUUAUCACAGAAGUACCAUCAUCAUUUAACAUCCAUUUACCAUGCUGGCUUGGGUUGGAUGGUUUGGCAGGAGCUGCACCUGGUUCCAUAGUCUGUUUUGGCUUGGUUUCUAUGGCUGGAUGCCCUUCCUAACACCAACUCCUUUACAGAGUGUGUCCGGAGCUUUUUACAUAGCGAUAAACAAGUCAUCUCCACACACUUGGUAAAUGGAACGCGAUAGAUUCAUCGACAUCAAACUCACAGGCAUGCCUUUAAUCACAAGAUUGUUUAAUAAGGAUUGGCCUAGGGCUAAAUAUUAUAGCAAAAUGAAUAAAUGACAACCAGAAAAUACGUGUAACAAUGUUGUUUUUUUAAA